AUGUCAGGCCCCCUCGAUCGAUUUGCUAGGCCAUGUUUUGAAGGGUUUGUGCAUAACGAUGAAAGGAAAGAGAGCAGAUCUGAUGCAGACAACUCAGAAGGAGAUAAGAAGACUAAAAUCGGAUCUUUCAAGAAAAAAGCAAUUAAUGCAGGGAACAAAUUCAGGCAUUCCCUGAGAAGGAGAAGCAAAAAGAAGACUGAAAGGGGGGAUUCCAUCAAGGACAUAAGGGACGUUAAAGAGCUUCAAGAUGUUGAGACAUUUCGACAAUGCUUAAUUGAUGAGGAUUUGCUGCCACAACAGCAUGAUGAUUAUCACAUGAUGUUAAGGUUCCUAAAAGCACGGAAAUUUGAAGUUGAGAAAGCUAAGAAUAUGUGGUCAGACAUGCUUAAAUGGAGGAAGGAAUUCGGGGUCGACAAAAUAGAGGAAUUUGAGUACACCGAGUUGGAUGAAGUUACGAAGUAUUACCCACAAUUUUAUCAUGGGGUAGAUAAAGAGGGAAGACCUGUCUACAUAGAGUUAAUAGGAAAAGUUGAUGCAAACAAGCUAUUACAAGUGACAACUUUAGAUCGGUAUGUGAAAUACCAUGUCAAGGAGUUUGAGAGGUGUUUCCAGAUGAGAUUUCCAGCUUGCUCCAUUGCUGCAAAAAAGCAUAUAGAUUCGUCCACUACUAUUUUGGACGUGCAAGGCGUGGGUUUCAAGAACUUCUCAAAAUCUGCCAGGGAAUUAAUCACACAAUUACAGAAGAUCGACAGUGAUAACUACCCAGAGACACUCUGCCGGAUGUAUAUAAUUAAUGCUGGCCAAGGCUUCAAGAUGCUAUGGAGCACAAUAAAAUCAUUCCUUGAUCCAAAAACUGUUUCCAAGAUUCAUGUUCUUGGGAAUAAGUACCAACAUAAGUUGCUCGAAAUAAUUGACGAGUGUGAAUUGCCAGAAUUUUUUGGUGGCAAAUGCAACUGUAUUGAAGGUUGCCAAAGAUCUGACAAAGGUCCUUGGAAGGAUCCCAACAUAAUAAAGAGAGUCCUCAAUGGUGAGGCAAACUACGGCAGGCAAAUUGUGACCAUAUCCAGCACUGAUGGAAAGAUAAUCAGUUAUGCUAGGCCAGGGCACCCAACUAGAAAAGGCAGUGAUGCAUCUGCCGAGUCUGGGUCUGAAGUGGAAGACGUAGCAUCUCCUACUGCAUCAAGGAACCUGAUUACACAUCCUAUUUUGACCCCUGUUCACGAGGAGUCAAAAUUGUCAGCACAUGGAUCUGCAUUUGUUGCUCAUGCUUCUAUUGAAGAAAGCAUUCCUGUUGUGGACAAGGUUGUUGAUGAUGGAUGGGGUAGUCCCAGAAGUAGUCUACAAGCUUCUUCAGGUUCAUUGUCCUCAAGAAAUUUACAUGGCACAUUUGAAGGACUCGGAGCUCAAAUUAUCACAUGGCUGACAUUCUUGAUCAUGACCCUUUUUGCCAUGCUUUGUUCUGUCCCAAGCAAGAUGGCUAGAAGGAUCUCUAACCAAUCUAGUAAGCAUGACGACUAUCGUGUUGAGUACCCUCAAGAACAGGAGUACAAGGAGGAGUUUCGACCUCCAUCUCCUGCCCCAUCCUAUACAGAAAAGGAUGUACUUUCAUCAAUGCUGAGACGGGUCGAAAAAGAAGUUCUGCUUCUAAGAUUUGACCGUGGAGCAGCUGUUCAUGUCCGAUUGUCCGGAGCCGUUCGUGUAUAUUGGAUUGCGGCUAAUAUGUUGGAUGUAAUGUGUCCAUCUGUAGGAGUGUGUAACAGUGCAAGUAUAGUAGGAAAACAAAAUAGGUUGGUUGACACAGCAGUCAAAACAUCCCGUAGUGGAUACCUUCAGCGUUGUCUUAUGAAAUGUUUGGAAUCGUUGAAAGUCUCCUAUGAUCACACAGUUCGGGAUGUCGAUGGAUCAAUUGUACAGUUCCAAUAUGGAGAAGAUGGAGUUGAUGUGCUGAAAACUAGCUUUCUCAACGAGUUCAAAGAACUUGCUGAUAACAGAAAAGCUGUCCUUUCCAAGCUCGGUGGCCACAGUAUGAAGCCCACGUAUAAUGAAUACAUUACUGAACUGCCUAAAAAAUUGAAUCGUCAAGCGGAAGAGUUUCUUGAGCGUUCAAAGGAAUUUCAACGCUGUCGUUACAACAUUGAGGCAAAGGAAUUAAAGGAGUUACUGGAAGUCAAGUACCUCUCUAGUCUUGUAGAUCCUGGUGAGGCUGUUGGUGUGGUUGCUGCUCAGUCAAUAGGAGAACCUUCUAAGCAGAUGACGCUCAACACUUUUCAUCUUGCUGGAAGGGGUGACCUGAAUGUAACUCUUGGUAUACCUCGGUUGAAAGAAAUACUGAUGACUGCAUCAGCUAAUAUUAGGACGCCUGUUAUGAAGUGUCCUUUGCUUGAACAUGUUUCUAUGGAUGAUGCUAAAAUGGUGGCUGCAAAGCUUACGAGGGUUCGUGUGGCUGAUAUAGUGGAGAAAAUUGAAGUGUGCACAGUUCCUUUUUACAACUGUAUGAAACUCUAUCCAGAAGACCAGCUUGAGUCAGGCCUUACUGUAGAUGAGUGUCAGGCAACCUUGAGAACAGUUUUUGUUGACGCAAUGGAACAUGCAAUUGAAAAGCAUCUAGAUCUGCUACACAAAAUAAAUGAAAUCCGUGCUGUUAAGGUAAAAGAUACAGAUGGCUCAUUAUCAGAUGGUGGUGAAGAAUGUGAAAGUAGACAUGCUGAUGGAGGAGACACUGGUACAAGUGAUGAUGAUGAUCAAAAUGAUAAUGAUGAUGACUUGGGAACUGAUGCAGAAAAGAUGAAGAGUCUUUUACUUAUAUGCCAUUAA